AUGGAAACAGAAGCAAAUUUCUUCAGCACACCACCUGUAUUCGACGGUGAAAAUUAUCAAGCUUGGGCAGUUAGGAUGACGGUUCAUCUUGAAGCUCUUGAUCUCUGGGAGGCUAUAGAAGAAGAUUAUGAAGUGUCUCCCCUGCCUGAAAAUCCCACGCUAGCCCAGCUUAGAAAUCACAGAGAAAAGAAGACAAGGAAGUCUAAAGCCAAGGCAUGUUUAUUCUCUGCACUAUCAGGCACCAUAUUUACAAGAGUAAUGAAUUUGGGAUCAGCAAAAAGCAUAUGGGAAUAUCUCAAAAAGGAGUAUCAAGGAAAUGAAAGAACCAAGAAUAUGCAGAUACUUAAUCUGAUUCGGGAGUUUGAGAUUCAAAAAAUGAAAGAAACAGAGACCAUAAGAGAAUAUUCAAAUAAGCUACUAAGUAUUGUCAACAAGGUGAGACUGCUUGGCAAGGACUUCUCAGAUGAAAUUAUUGUGGAGAAGAUUUUGGUAUCCAUACCUGAAAGAUAUGAAUCUAAAAUCUCUUCACUAGAAGAAACCAAAGAUUUAUCCAAUAUCUCUUUAGCAGAAUUGGUAAAUGCAAUGCAAGCUCAAGAGCAAAAACGAUCAAUGCGAGAAGAAGGAUCAGUGGAAGGAGCUUUUCAAACAAAUAAUGAAACUCAAGAGGCUUUUUAA